GCAGGGCCCAGUAGGAUGUAAUCGACACUGGGUUUGUACCUUACUGUCUUUUCCAUAGCCAGUUAGCCAAGCUUUGGGAAAGAAUCACAUUUUUGUGUGUCUAGUUCCUUCUUGUGAAAUUAGCAGCUAAUUGGUAGGGUCUUGCUGUAAGCCAAAAUAAAAUCUUCUAGCAGACGAAAUAUGCUACCCAAGGUUUUCCUGAGCUUCGUGCUUCGUUUUCCAUUGCUUGUUCUGUAUCUUCCCUCUAAAGCAGGCUCUGGAUUCUUUGGCCACCAGAAUCCAGAGCUCCUAGUUGCCAUUCUCUUGUCUUUGCUUUUGAAUCCCAUGGUCUGUUUUCUAUUUAUAAGUUGGGCAUUUGUGUUGUUCCCCUUCUCCUUUCCAACCUUUUUUGAGGAUUAACUCCCUGCUCUUUAAUGGAUGGGCAGUUUUCUUUUCCCUCUAGAACAGCUCAAAGACAUUGCCUAUGGCACUCGAAAUAUCCCAGUUCGUCUUCCAACCCUGCCUGCCCCUGGAGAAGAAGAGGGAGCAGAUGUUUCUGUGCUGAGUCACAGGGACAAUCUUUUCGAGUUACACAUCCACCAGGCUUUCCUGACAUCUGCUGCCUUGGCUCAGGCCGGGGAUGCCCGGCCUACCACUUUCUGCACCUACGCCUUCUAUGAUUUUGAAACUCAUUGUACACCGCUCUCUGUGGGGCCGCAGCCAUGCUAUGACUUCACUUCCCAGUAUGUGGUGGAGACAGAUUCCCUUUUCUUACACUACCUUCAAGGGGCUUCAGCCCGACUUGAGCUACAGCAGGCUGUGGCCAGUGAACACCACACCCUUGCAGCUGGAUGGAUUCGCUUUAACAGAGUGCUAGAGACCGUGGAGAAAGUCCAUGGUUCAGUCACACUUACUGGAGUCAGUGGAGAAGACUUUGGGAUGCUAGAAUACUGGAUGAGGCUGCACAUCCCCAUAGGACGCAGCCAACAGUCAUGCACUAAACGAAAGAAAGCCCAGGUCUACCUGUCAGCGCAUGCACCUGGAGCCUGGGAGGCCAAGGAGGACGAGGUGAGAACAGGAUGUACCCAUGCAUCUCCAAGGAACCUGCACCAAAGGGCUCAUGAGAACAGUCCCAUCUUUCACUGUCACUAGGUAUACAGACACAAGUUUCAAAUGAAACCAUGCCCUUGCAACUGGUUGGCGUUCCUUGCUGGGAGCACAGUAACCUCUGUGUGCCAUUUUUUCAGAUAAGGCCUGAGUGCUGGUGUCUCCUUCAGAUGACUGCCAGUGCCAGUCUGCAGGUCCUUGGGUGUGUCUGCAGCCCAGCCAGUGCAGCUGUCCUCAGGGUCAUAGCUCUUCCUCUCCAGAGGUGCUGACCCUGUGCCAUUGCACUGUUCUUGCUUUGCCUUCCUUCUCAGUCUAAGAUCCAUUUCUUUCUAGUCCAGAGCCCAACCUUGGAGCCCACAGAAUGAGCUGAGGGUUGAAAUCACCAGGUGCUGUGGCCUCCAGAGUCGCCGGCCAGGAGCUCAGCCCAGCCCAUACGUCAUGUACCACUUCUUCACCUUUGCUGACCAUGACACUGCCAUCGUGCCAGCCAGUAACAAUCCUUACUUUGGAGACCAGGCCCAAUUCUCGGUGGUUGUGACCUCUGACCUGGAUCACUACCUGAGGCAGGAGGCCCUGUCACUAUACGUCUUUGAUGAUGAAGACUCAGAGCCUGGCUCAUACCUCGGCCGAGUCCUGGUGCCCUUGCUGCCUCUUGCGCAAAACCGACCUAUUAAAGGUGGGAGCUGGCAGCUGGCACAUCUUCAUGCCUUUUCCCUUGAUGUUGUCUCUGUGUGUCUUUGUGUACUUGCUCGGAUCAGUCUCUCUUUAAAAAGCAGCUGCAAUGGCUUUAGGCUCUUGUCAAGAGUGGCACGGCUGG